CUUCUGUCCUGUUGUCAGCUGUCUGCCUGCAUGCAAAUAAAAACUAAAAAUGUUUAAUUUGCCGAAUAGAAAACAGGAAAAUCUGAUAAAUUAGAAUUAAAUUAACAGUUCACUUUCUGCUAAAUAUUUGUCGCUUCAGAGUGGUGCGGACAUUUAAAAUGACAGAUAUUAUGGAUAUUGAUGGCAGUGUAUUAGAAGGAGGUGGGCAAAUUCUUCGUAUAGCAAUAUCUUUGAGCGCUCUUCUGCGGCGACCUGUCCGGGUGUCUCAUAUAAGAGCUGGGCGGAAAAAACCCGGGUUGGCGGCACAGCAUUUGAAUGGUAUCAAAUUAGUUGGUGAAAUGUGCCAAGCUAAAAUGAAAGGAGUGUCCAUUGGUUCCACACAAAUAGAGUUCUGGCCAGGGAAGAUCAUUGGAGGGCAAUAUAUGGCCAACACUAAGACAGCUGGUUCAACAAGCCUGCUUCUUCAAGUGGCUCUCCCAGUAGCGCUGAUGGCGGAUGGACCGGUCACACUGGAUUUGAUUGGUGGCACCAACGCCGAUAUGGCUCCGCAGAUUGACUACAUGGACAGAAUCUUCAAACCUCUGUUACACAAAUUCGGAGCAGAUCUGCAGUUGACCAUACAUAAGAGGGGGUACUUCCCCCGCGGCGGGGGCCACGUGACCGCCGAGAUAUCGCCCGUGAAGCAGCUACAGGCGGUCGCCAUGACUGAGCCGGGGUCGCUGCAAAGGGUCUCGGGGGCAGCUUUUGUCGCCGGCGUGCUGCCCAUUAAGUUGGCACACAUGAUGGGAGAUGGCGCCAGGCGGGUGUUGUCUGAUGAAACGUCAGUUGUCGACAUCAACUGUUACAAGGAGCAUCCCAGCGUCGCGCCCGAUAACUGUAGUGGCAUCAUUCUAACUUUACAUCUGUCAUCGGGCUGCGUGAUAGGCGGCGACGCUCUAGGCAAUCCUAAACUAGACCCGUUUGAAUGCGGCCGACGUCUGGCCGACCAGCUGUUGGCGCUGCACAAGAAACAAGUCUGCGUGGAUGACCACGCGCAGGACCAGAUGAUUCUGUACAUGGCGCUCGCGGGGGGGAGGUCGGCGGUGAGGAGCGGGGAGGUGACGUUACAUACGAAAACUGCGAUACAUGUGGCUGAACAUAUUGCUAAGGUAAAAUUCGACGUGCAGGACUGCGGCGACUAUGCCAUCAUAGAAUGCAACGGAUUAGGUUUCGUCAACAAACACUUGCCCAGUUAACAAUAUAGCCAAAUAUAAUAUCUGUUGUUCGCGUAACGUCCAUUACAGAAUCCGUGCCACGAAAUAACCCUAUCGCGGCGUUAGAGCCUUAACCCUUUGUUCAAUCGUGCUCCGUUGUUUUCUAUAGGUUUUAACACUGACACUACGUUGUCUGUCAACGACGGAACGCGAGUGAGCAAUGGCGCGUGAUUCUAUAUGCAAGGAACUUUUAAGCUAACUGGAAUGAUUACGAAUAACAAAUGUCAAAAUAAUGACAUUGACAACUAGACCUAUUUGCUUUGUUAUAAAGAUCACAUUUCCACAAUGUCCGCGUGCCAAUACCUAAAGUUUCUGAAAUUGAGCACGAAAUUUGUAGAUGGCUACAAAUGGCCCUUUCUGGCAAACUGUUAUUGUCAUAUGCAAUAAAAAAUGUCUACAAAUUUUAGAGCCAAGUUCAGGAACGGCUUUGCUUAUACGUAAGCGUUCUAGUUUAGUAUUAUAAAUUAAAUUAAUAAUCUAGCUCAGUGGUAUAAACCGCGAGUUGUAUGCUAAUAAGUUAACGCCACGAUUGAUAUUUAAUGUUUAAAUUAAGUUUUUUUACUUAGACCUCUGCGGCAACUUUGAAAUUUUGAAUUUUAGUUUUUUUAUCUAAUCUUUGUCUAUAAGUGGCUGGCAACUAUGUGGUCAAUCUUUUGAGGUUUGACGUCAGACAGACGGCCGGUUUUAAAAUCACAGCCGAAUCUAUUAAGUUUGAAGGUUAUAUUUAAUCUGACCCUGGGCUUCGAGGCGUCACAUCCCCGAGCGAAACUGGGAACAUGCAAAGAUUAGAGAUGUGGCGCGGUCCCUUGGAUAUUAUCUAGGCAAAUAAGUAAAUAGUUUUCCGGACAAAAGUAUUUGUUAAGAUUUAAUGCCGGCUAUAUGUAUACAUAAUCGUAAUACAGUUCGUCGAACUUUGACGGAUUCGGCAUACAUUGCUGGGUUUUCACUGCGGUAAAUAAAAGAUUUCAUAGAAACUGUCGUCCCGCCGAAAUACCUAGUGCUGGAUUCUCACAUAUAAUGGGCGACAUCAAUAUACAUUUAUCAUCAGAGUGGAAAGAUGAGUCGACCCAGUUUAUUCCAUUCGUGUUAAAUUUUAUGUGUAUACAGGUAAAAUGAGUACUUGGCACUUUCUUGUGGCUAUGCCACGUACUUACAUGUUGCGGUUUUACCUGGUGUCUUUCCAUCUCUUAUAUCUCUGUGGUUACUGAACCAUCUUUACUGCCAGAAGUAUACUCAUUACAUUGAUGGCUAUGCACCUCAAGUUGGGCAACGGUCGACUUGCUCCGGUCUAGACAGGGUCUAUCCCUGGUGACGUAUUCAUAUUAUUCACUCUAAUCACUUAGCCGGACGGUGGGCCUUGCCCCCUGGAGACCUCUACCUCCUCCCGGACACAUCAAAUACACGGGAGCUUCGGGCUUCCCUGUCCAAUGUCCUUGACUACCAAAUGUGCAGUGCACUGCAAGAUUGGACUAAUAUCAACAGAGAGAAUUACAUUAUUUAACAGUCUCCUCAUCUUUCCAUCCCGUGAUUGCAUGUUUAGGUCGACAACGUAUUAUGGCAAAACAAACACUCACCAGAUGCGUUUUCUAUGUGGUUUAGACCUCCUAGAAGCUCUUGGCUCCUAACUUGUACCACGAGUUCUGCUCACCUUUUUUCGUGUUCGCGGCAAACGUCGUCUUUCGCCUCCUUCUUACCAUCGAGUAUAAAAACAAAUAAAAGUUAGUUAAAGACAAGUAUGGUGUUGCCAUAUCAAAACAUAGAUUGACAUUACUAGUGCUUAUACAUACCGAUUUUUACAUGGCGAAUCGCGCUGCGCGCGACACAAACUACACAAUCAUGCUUUUGCAUCAGCAUUUGACCGAGUUCGGCGUUAGUAAAUAGCCGUAGAAAAAUCACAUGAUUUGGAACUUGUCUAAACACCCUAUAGGUACUAAUCUAACUGUACCUAAUUCAUUCAUUCAUUCGUCAUUGGCAAGAAAUUAAUGAAGUCUGAUCUCUAAUAAAUUAACGCAAGUAUAUGUUAAGGCUGAAAAGUCGCAAGAUGAGUUUAUGUAUUCUAUCAUAAUAUUGCAUAUUUUUAUCAAUUUUUUCACCUUGUCCGGUCCCUUAUUUUAAGCACAUGAAAACCCAUAUUGUAGGUUCUUUAAAUGAAAUUUAAAAAAAUCGUUUAUUUAAAUGGAUUUGUGUACAUGCACAUGCUUUUUAUUAAAAAAAAAGAAAAAAUUCUGGAACCACUGGAAGAGCAUUGUCCCGGAUAGACACGGGGGCGCGGCUUCAAUUCCCGCUCGAUGAAUUUUUUCAUCUCAUUAUUAUUUUCAAAAAAUCGUUUGUUUAUUUAAAAGUUCCUAUUACUUAAGUACUUUUGUCGCGGCUUCGCGCGCGUGUGUAUUUUCAUAUUUACUAGAUAUUUAUAUCUAAUUGAAAAGGGUGAAAACAGAAUGAAAGACAUAUUUGAAUACGUCGAGGUCUUUAUUACAGUAUUAAAUUACCAAUUGGUUGAAAAUAUAGGGCCUCACCGAAAAAGGCUACCCUGUUAAAUACAAACGUACAUGUCAAUCCUAAAUACCCUAUAUAAUUCAUCCACAUUUAUAGUAAAAAAAAUAUAUAAUUCAUUUACAAAAAAUACCAAAAUACGGGCGGCUAAAGUUGUCAACCUUACCAAAAUUUUGCUAAAUGAUACAAAACUAAAAAAAAAAAACUCGCAAUUUUUUGAAUUCAGCUAAGUAAUUCAAAUUUUUUGGUCAGCGCCAACCUCCUGGCUUGACAUCGUUAGCCACGCCAUACCCCGUUAUUGAAUAAGCUUGCAUACAUUGCACCAUGGACUUAUAGAAUAUUGUCUCAUAAUGAGCAUGGAAAAAAGUUUUAUCAAAAUUGACGAGUGUAUGAUUUAGUAGCCUCAGUGGUGAACGCUGACCUGAAUUUACAUAUAUCAACAAAAAGAAAAAAUAUGUUAAUUCAUCUGCUUUUGCAAUCUGAAAAAGCCGACGAAUUAAUUUUUUUUUUUUUUCAAAAAAUGUAUUGGGCUGAUAUUAUCUGGAACCAAUUUUACUAACGCAAGUCAAAAUCGUAUCUCAAUAGGUUUCCAAAAUCCAAAAUUCUUUUUUCAAUAUAGGAUGAAAAACCGUAUCUCAAUAGGUUUCCAAAAUUCAAAAUUCUUUUUUCAAAAUAGGAUGAUCACUGACUUAUUGACGUCAAAAAUAUUACUCAACUAAACCCGACUACUAUUACUAAGUACCCGACCGACAACUACUGCCGAUUUCCAAAGCGCAGGUGAAGAAGAAGCUGCGCAACAAACUUCACCGCGGCCUUGACUCCAAAGACGUCAAUUAAAAAAUGUAGGUCUUAUACAUACAUAUAAUCAAAAUGAAGAGGACGAAUUCACAUCAUUAUUAAAAAAUGUCAAAAGUUACACAAAUAAAAAAUUGUUACUAUUUUCAAUAAAAUUAUUGAAAAAUGUCAAAAAAAUAGUAUAUAUAUAUACAAAACUAAAUGUAAAAAAUUCCAAUAGCUCUUACUUACAUGCAGUAGGAACGAUUAUUUUGAGGCACGAUUGUGACUGAACGUUCGUUAGGAGAUUUAUAGGUAACUUUAUAGAUAACUAGUGACAAGUACAGUCGACCGCAUGUCAAGUUGCAUGCAUCUUUAUGCCGUGGUAAUAGGGGUCAGUUUGCGAUGAUUUGAUGAAUGAAACUUAAUGUUGAAACGCUGUUGACUAUAAAUGGUUAAAUCAGAGUAAUAAAUCAAGCUUGCAUUGUGAAAAUAUUUAUUGUAUUUAUAUCUUAAAUAUCAUAUUAGGAUACCAAAAAUUGAUGUCAUUAAUUUGAUGUAACAUUUGUGAACUGCGACAUGUGGUAACUGCCUGGAUGUAACAAAAAUAAACUUAUACUAAUACCUUUAAGAAAACAAAAUUGUGUACAACGAUUUUCAUUAUAUAUAUUCUUAACGUAAGAAAUAGAGAUUUGAACAGAAAAAAUGUAUAAAAAACAUAGUAUAAACAACAUAGAUUAAGAAAAAACAGAGCCAAUAAUUUUACACAUCAAUAUUAAUCUACAACCUAUUAAUAAAUUAUGCAUUCGCAUUAUAUAUAUAUAUUGUUUAGACAUUGCCAAAAUUGUCUAUAUGUCUGUAUAACAGAUGCUGGGAAGCUUUUUGGAAGGAAUAUCCAUAAGGAAUAUCCCUUAAUUUUGUGCCAUUUUAAAAUCUUUCAAUUUGUCAUUUAGCUCAUAUUUUUACUAAAAUUUGUGCAAUAUAGACAACUUCAGAUAUGUCUAAAAAUAUAGGUUAUAUACAUAGGGAAUACGCCCUUGAAUUUCCAAUGGAAGAUACACGAGGAAGUAAAUACAAUAAACCUUAUUGGAAUGGAAUAUGGACUAUAAUCCAUUGGCAACUUGUUUACCGAGUAAACACAGCUUAUUUUAGAAAUGCAAGAACGGGUUUAUUACCUGGUCCCGUCUUCCUCGUGGUAAAGCCCAGCGAUUCGUGCGACUACAUGUUUGUACACAGCAAACUGUCCAAAUAUGUCAUUAAUUUCGUCCCACUCACACGUCUCGUCUUGAAAAGGGACAGCAUUAGAUUAAGAUUGUCAUGAUCCGUUGGCAAAAUCAUCUUUUUGGCGAACGA